AUGAAGGACAUACUCAAUAUCACAUCUGCUCAAUCGACUAUCAAUACUCAGCUAGCUGAUCGCUUACUUUCGGUGUACUCCUUGGUUCUUAUAUUGAUCGGCACACCGUGCAACUUCUUGUGCUGUUUAAUCUACUUUCAGAAGGGAAAUCGUGGAAAUUCUAUCAAGACCAUCUUCGGUUAUCUAGCUGUACUUGACACUUUUGUUUUAUAUACGUUUAAUUUGAAUUACGUCGUCCGAGAAUUCAAUAUCGAUUAUGAUAUAGUACAUACUCCAAAAUUGAAUUACACAAAUCAUACAAUUGAAUAUAUACGAAAUGAAAGCAUUAAUAUUGUAAUUAAAAAAAAGAAUCUGGAAGAAUAUUCAUUAUUCAUGUGUCGAUUUCUUUCAUAUCUAGCUUUCUCUAUCUUACAAACUUCCUCUUGGGUGUUGGCAUUUGGCUCAUUAAACCGCUAUUUACUAAUAUCAAAAUUAACUUUAUUUGAAUUCGUAUGCAAACGAUGUUAUACCAUAAUUAUCUGUCUAAGUAUCACCUGUACAUUCUUUCUUGCCAAUAUGCACAUCCUUUGGCUGAAUGGUUAUUAUUCGAAUACCGGACAAGUGAUUUGUUAUCAAAAUCCAUCGUAUCCAAUAUAUAUGUUAUGGUAUCAGCGCGUGCAUCUUUGCGUUUAUUCGGCGUUGCCAAGUGUGGUUCUGUUUAUUUUGAAUACUUUACUCAUGCGAAUAAUCUUUGCAAGUAAGAAACGUUUGAACAAUCAUCAGCGUGCAGUUCUGCUUCCUGAAAAUGAAACGACGGAUAGUCGACGAGGAAAUCAUCUUUUCAAACACUUCACUAAUCCAUUGACGAGUAAAUUAAACAAACAAGGAGCAGGACGUUCAAUGAACCGACAUAGUAGAAAAUUAACUUUAUCAUUAAUAUUUAUCACAUUAUCUUAUUUUAUACUGACAUUUCCCUCUACAGUUAUUUUCUCUUUCUUUCGUUCAUAUAUCGAACCACCUCGACUACGACGAACUAUUUCACUCUUGUUCACGAAUUUAUCUACUACAACACAUGCAAUACGAUUUUUCAUCUACUUUGCUUGUUCGAUCGACUUUCGCAAUGACUUUUAUGGUUUAUUUCUAUUUAAACGAUCCUUUCGUAUACAAUACAUUAAAACUCAACCAAAGAAACAAGAACAACGUCCUGAACAGCCCGAGCAUGUAGACGAUGGCCCGAGUGAUUCAGUUGUCAUUCACGACAAACUCGAAACAGAUUUAUAA